AAUACCAACAUCAUCCAAGAACCGUACCCAUCUGGAUUCAAGAUGCCUCAGUUUGAGACGUAUGAUGGUACCAAGGACCCUGAUGACCACUUGCACGUAUUCUGCUCUGUCAUGCAAGCUCAGAAUGCUUUAAAUGCCUUGAUGUGCAAAAUAUUUCCCUCCACAUCGCGUGGGAACGCUCAGACUUGGUACUACAGUUUCCUGUUGAACUCGAUCAGUUUGUAUGCUAAGCUAGUGGCAUCUUUUGCAACGAAGUUCUCAAGUCGACGACUGAUCAGAAAGACGACCUCCGAGCUCAUAUGGGUGGCUCAAAGGGAAGGUGAAUCUUUGAAGAAUUACAUGAACAGAUUAAACGAUGCUGUACUAGAGAUCGGCUCAUUUAAUCAGGCUAUGGGAUUAGCUGCCAUAAUCCAGGAGGAAUACGCGUUAUCCGGCAAGCCAACACCAAGCAAAGAGGUCAGAUCUCCAACGUGGAGAGAUGAAGGGCAGAACAAGAAGAGAUUCAAAACUGCACAAAACCGAGUUCCACUCCCAACUAAAUGCGUCUUUAUUGACAUAGGAAGUGCCCCGGACAUCAUGUAUUAUCACUGCUUUCAGAGCCUUGGCCUUGACCCUGCACUUCUACAAAAGUACGAUGACCCCAUUUACGGAUUCAAUAAUCAGCCAGUGCCUAUGGAAAGAGUCCUCAAGCUCAAUGUAGCAUUCGGCUCAAUCGGACGUAUGUCACUCCCUCAGUUCGGUUUCUGGGAUAAGCAGGUCACACCCCUAGAGCUGGCUCAGCCUGAGAUCUCAACUACACAGCAGGUAAUGGGUGUUGAGCUAUCAAAUUAUAGACCCGAUGACAAGGCCAGAGCCACGCCAACAAAAGAAGUAGAAGAGUCGAAUAGUGAUGUAUUUGCCUGGACCCCGGCUGACAUGCCUGGAAUACCCACCUUGGUUGCAGUACACAAGUUGAGCACCAAUCCUCUGAAGAAACCUGUAGCUCAGAAAAGACGCCUAUUUGGGGGUGAGAGGUUGCAAGCAAUCAAAAAAGAAUUACAGAAGCUUUUGCAAGCAGGGUUUGUCAGAAGAGUAGACUACUGUGAAUGGGUCGGCAACCUUAUUUUAGUCAAGAAGUCAAACGGCAAAUGGCGAAUGUGCAUUGAUUACACCAACCUAAAUGAAGCUUACCUGAAAGACUGCCAUCCCUUACCAAGCAUAGACAAGCUAGUAGAGGCCGCAUUUGGGAACAAAAGACUUAGCCUUUUAGAUCCUUACUCGGGAUAUCACCAGGUCCACAUGGCAUCCGAGAACGAGGGGCUAUACCAAAAAAUGAUGACCAUUGUGUUGCGAGCUCAAAUCGAUAGAAAUUUGGAGGUUUAUGUCGACGACAUAGUGGUUAAGAGCCUUAAAGCAAAAGAUCACUUGACCGACCUAGAGGAGACAUUUGAUAAUCUAAGAAGGCACAGCAUAAAGUUGAACCCAUCCAAGUGCGUCUUUGGAGUUGAAUCUGGUAAAUUCUUGGGAUUCUUGGUUUCUAGAAGGGGAAUAGAGGUCAAUCCCCAAAAAAUAAAGGCAAUAGAAGAGAUGAAACCACCAAAGUCAAUCAAAGAUGUACAACGCCUAACUGGGCGGGUGGCAACUCUGCACAAAUUCAUUUCAAAAGCAGCUGAUAGAUGCUUGCCUUUCUUCAAAGUCCUGAGGUUUGCAGCUCAAAAAGACGAAGCGGGGAAGCCCAAGAAGUUUGAAUGGACCCCGGAGUGCCAAACUUCCUUUGACGAGCUCAAAGCAUACCUUAGCUCACCACCCCUGCUAACCAAGGCUGAAGAGUGCGAGAUACUUUACCUCUACCUCGGAAUAUCAGACAUAGUAAUUCUGCACAAGCCAGAAUGUUCAGGCAGACUCAUCAAAUGGGCAGUGGAAUUAGGAGAAUUUCAGAUUACAUUUCAGCAAAGAUCAUCAGUCCGAGGUCAAGCUUUAGCAGACUUUGUAGUUGAAUACACUUCUGACGAAGAAAACACCGACGUCGAAGUUGAACAAUGGACUCUUUAUGUGGAUGGGGCGUUUAACAGUAAAGGGUCAAGGGCUGGCGUAGUUCUGAUUGGACCUGAGAAUUUUCGAAGUGAGCAUACUCUGAAGUUCAACUUCGAAGCAACCAACAACAUGGCUGAACAUGAGGCCUUUCUUCUCGGACUUCGUUUAGCAGCCGAACUGAAAGUCAGAUCUCUGCAGCCAGAGGUAUUGGAGGUUAGUAUCGACUCUAAAACUUCGAGUUGGAUAGACCCCAUCAAGGCCUAUCUUCAAGAUGGAACCGUCCCAAGCGACAAACAAGAAGAAGUGAAGCUGCGAAGAAAAGCAUCUAGAUACACUUUGCUUGACGGUAUCUUGUAUAAGAGUUCCUACUCACUUCCCCUCCUUUGUUGCUUAACCUCGUAUGAGGCCGAAUAUGCCAUCCACGAGAUUAACGAAAUGGUAGAAUUGGUGAACAAAGCUAUUCUGGAAGGGAUCAAACCGAGGUUGGACCAGCUCAAAGCUAAGACUGAAGCAGUUAUUCCUGUUGAACUCGGUGUCCCGAGAUUUAGAGUUAGCCAUUUCGACCUAGUCCGAAAUGACUUGCUACUCCGAGAAAACCUUGACCUCUUGGACAAAGUCUGCCAGCACGCUGGACUUCGCAUAGUGGCAUAUAAACAGAAGAUUGCCAGCUUUUACAAUAAACGAGUCCAACCUUGAAGCUUCAAGAUCGGUGACCUCAUCCUCAAAAAGGCAAGACUCACCGGCUUCGAAACCCGCUUUGGCAAAUUAUCAUGGAACUGAGAAGGUCCGUAUGUAGUGGCUGAAAUACCCCACCCCGGCGCUUAUGUACUUUAAGAUGCCGAGGGUAAAAGAGUCCCUAAAGUAUGGAAUGUAAACAAUUUAAAGAAAUUUUACUUUUAAUAAAGUCUAGUCUUAUCC